AAGAGCUUUAUUUACUUAAACGGGAUGAAAAUAAUUUGGGAACACAAGUUUGUCCAAUUGAGAAUUUUUAUGAAAUAUGGUAUAAUGGGUACAAUCAACGAGAAGAUAAACUUUUGCGAGGUGAUAUUACUAAUUAUCACAAGACACUGCAUACAUAUAUCUUUACAAAAGUUAUUGAGAUUUCAAACUGUCUACAAAGAAUGAUAACCACUACCACUAGAGUAUAUAAUGUUAAAGCUGCUUGGCGCCAUAAGUUUCCUCAAAUUAGCAUUAAUCACUUUGUCGAACUUAUGCGACUAAAUGUUGGUAUUAUAAAAAAAACAAGAUAUCAAGAAUUUCAAAAGUUGUUCGAUGAACCUGUACUUACCAUUUGCGCAACAUUACCAGUUUUUGACGAUCACGCAAACUCUUACGAAAAAAAUUUGCAAAUGACGCAAGAACUUUCUAAUGAACUAAUUCUCGAAAUACUUGGUGCACUAUUUCAAGAAACUAGGCUUAGUGCUUCGAGGUACGAUCCGAGGUCCGAAACUGAAUCGUCGAAUCGAAUUCCUGAAGCUCGGGUUACACGAAAUGAUAUUUUUGGCAUCACUAAUCUAGGUAUUUCAAUUUGUGUAUCACAUUGUUUAGUUUCAGCUAUCUCUGAAGUUUGUUUCUUUUCAACAAAAGCUUCGCCCUUUUUAAGCACUAUUUUUUCAUCAUUUAUGAGUUUAGUUUGGGUUACUUCUGAUGGAAGUCUAUGUCUAGGUGGCAUUUCGUUAAUAAAAGAUGCUUAUCGAAAUUUGGCUACAACAUAUCAUAACCUACCACGUGCAUAUAUUAUUGCAAAUAAACAAAGCAACUUAACUCAAAGAAUGGCUAAAGACAUUUCUAUUAAACUUGUUAAUAUGAAUACAAUAAUAACGAGUAUAAUAGAUGAAGAAUCUGGUAAUAUAGAUGAAGAGCUUGAUAAUAUAGAUAAUGAACCUAAUGAUUUAGAUUCCAAUAUAAUUGAAAACAUUAUGAAUUCCAUAGAUACAG